UAGAUUUGAGAAGUCUUUAACCUAUAAAUAAAAAUGAGUAUGCCUCGCAUCAACAAAUACUUUGUUCAGUCUUAAAAUACAACUCGGUGUGUGAGUAUCGCGAAUAAGGUAAAGGCUAGACAAACGGAUUAUUCCUAUUAAUGCUACAAACUGACUUGCGAUGAAUUGGAACCGACGAAAUACAAGUGAAAUAUCAAUAUAUAACUAUCCCGAAAACUUAAAUCCUUUUUAUGAAAAUGAAAAUCACAAACGUCUUCGAUUUUGGAAUUUUAGCAAAGAGGGGAAAAAUAAAGGAAGGAGCUUUUCAAUUGGAAAUUUGAGAAACAUAUGGUCUUCUUAUUCGUUUUCCCCAAAAAAAUCAUCCACAUUGGGCAUAAAUAAAACAUCCGAAAGCCCACCGAUGUUGCGGAGAAAUGUUAAUAAUAACGAUUUGGAUGGUAGUGCUCGAAAUUUAAAGGGCUUCUGCGACGAAUUUGAUAGAAGGUCUUUGCAGCAUAUCGAUAUACCAAGAAAUUCUGAUUUGUUUUUUAAUCGAAAUGAAGAUUACCGAAGAACGACUCAGUUUUCUGGACAUUCGUUGCCGAAGAAGCUGACAAGAUCAUCGCAGUCUAGUUUAACAAGCUUGAAUCCGUUUGAGGACGAAGUCAAAACAGAUUUCAACAUUCCAAUAAGGAAUAAAAGGUAUCGGAAAAAAAGUAGAGCUCCACAGCCACCUUCACAAUUGCAAAAUGAUUGUAAUUUGAAAAAAGAACUUGACGUUUCAAUCAAUAAUGACGGAGCCCGUGAUAUUAAAUCACUUGCUAAUGAAAUAGAACUGUUUGUUAAUGAGAGAUGCGAACCUCCGAUUAAUUAUGAUGCAGAAACGGAAGAAAAAUAUCUGAUUAAAGGAAAUACACAAAGUCAAUCAGUAUAUCUCCCAGCAUCGGAGAGCCUUGAUAGGCUGAAUCCCGUCACAGACACCACAACAGAUAAUCGAAAUACCAUAGACAAUGUUGUAAGUGGGACACUUGAAUUGUCAAAUAAUAACGAUCGAGUGCCUGGGUUAGGUUGCGAUACAUUAAUAGCCAAUAACCAGCCCAAGACAAUAAAUUCACGUGGGACAGUGAAUUGUACGGAUAGUACUAAAGAAAAUGCUUUAAAUAUAGAAGAACUGGAUGUUCGGAAAACCAAACAUGUAAAAACGAUUAUAAACAAUGAAAAAAGAUGUGAAGAUAAUCUUAAUUCAAGUGAAUGUGGGUCAUCGAAUUUUACGGAAAAUGUUUUAACUACGAAGGAUUUGGAUGCUCGAAAUACCAGACAUUCAUUAAGGACUAAAAACAAUGAAAACAAAUCUAAAGAUAAUUUGAAUUCAAAUGAACAUGGAACAUUGCAUUAUACUGAAAGUAUUAAAGAAAAUGCUUUAACUAUCCAAGAUUUGGAUGUUCGAAGAACCAAAAAAUCAAAAGAUACUAUAAACGAUGAACUAAAAUGUGAAGAUAGUCUUAAUAUAAAUGAGAAUUGUACGGAAUAUAUUAAUGAAAAUGCUUUAACCACAGAAGAUUUGGAUGUUAAAAGAAUCAAACCUUCAAUAAGUUCUAUAAACAUUAAACAAAAAGGUGAAGAUAAUCUUUAUUCAAAUGGGCUAGCACAUAACCACCAAAUAAAAUACCAAUAUGGCAAAUCGAACACAUGGAAACAAAAUCAAAACUCUAAGAAUUCAGAAGAAACCUUUGACCUUCCAAAGCUUGAGUUGAAUGAACCUGUAUCAUAUUAUAAAAAAGAUUUUUAUGAUAUUAGACAGACUUUUACCUUAACAAAUAAGAACUCAAACCCAUUGAGCCUGCGAAAAUCACUUAAUAAAACUAUUGAAUCUAUAAAUCGUAAUCAACAGCUUUUAAAUGAAAGUGCAGCCAAAGGUACAAAACCAAGGAAAUCAUCUUUAUAUCAAUGUGAUGAAAACAAACAUUUUCCGGCAAAUGAAUUAAAUAGUCAAAGAGAGACGGAACCUAAAAAUGGGGCAAUCUUCACUUCUAACACCGACGAAAUAUUAUCUAAGCCUCAAAAUGAUAACUUUUAUAAAACAAAAAUAUUCAAAACAUUUGGACAGUACCGAGAGUCAUCGCCAACUUCAUCAAAUUUAGAUUGGAACCCUUUACCAAAACCAAAGCGGAGUAGUAAUUAAGACGAGUUAAUUGUUAAAAGUGUUGUACAAUAAAUUAAUUAAUCUAUAUAUAUUCA